UGUCUGCAUUUGUUGCAUUGCAAUCCUGUCCCAUUCUCUGUCGGAAGCCUUCCAGGCUGAGCCUAGAGGGCUGCCCAAGCGAGGCGCAAGGGAAGGAGGCUGGGCUCUGUUCCUGCCUUGCCUGCCUAGCGCCAGCCCUUUCCUCUUCCUCCUGCUGGGUUUCGCUUUGCAACAGCCCUGCAAGAGCUGAGCAAGGCUUGGCGCCGCUUUCAAACCCAGGAGGCGGCCAGAGGGAUCCCAGGAUGGGCUUCUAAGGGGAGAGAAGGUGCAGGGGAUCCCUCCUCUGGCAAAGGAAGCCAGCCAGCCCCCCUCUCUGCCCCCCCAGAGCCACCUCUCCAGGGAAGAUGACGGCUCCACCAAGAAGAGCUCGAACAGCACCAAAAACAGCCAUUGCAGAAGAUGAACUGCCUUCUUUCCUACAAUUAUCUUCAGAAUCAGAAGAGGAAAAGGAUGAAGAGGAAUGGGAACCCAGAAAGAAAGCCGUGAGUAAGGCCAGGGUGCCAAAACCAAAAGUGCCCAGAGUGAGAAAAACUGCCACAACCCAGAAGAAACCAACUGUGGCUAGGAAAAGGACUAAGAAGGUAGUUGUUAAAGAAGAGCUGGCCACAUCUUUGCCUAUUAUGGAUCCUGGAAGGAAUGAAGGAGAGUUGCAGUUACAGCAACCUAAAGAAGAGAAAGAAUGGAAGCCGAGAUCUUCUCCCAAAAACCUCCCAAAGAAAACUAACAGCAUCCCACCAGGGCAUCCUGCCUGCAACCUGGGUAGUAUUGGAGGACCCUCCACAAGUACUGCAGCAUCUGAACAACAAGUGAAGUCGGAAGCACCUGAAGAAGAUUUUGCAUUUGAUGAACCUCCUUUAAAAAAAAUUAAAUCAGCAACAUGCCCUCAAGGGAAUCCUAUAAAAUAUGCAGCAAGUGCCAAAUCAGAUGAAGAAUGUAAAAUGAACUGGGACAUUGUGCAGGUCUUGUCGCAGAGGACAGGCAUCGAAGAAUGGGUGUGUGCAAACAUAAUCCGCCUCUUUAAUGAUGACAAUACUAUCCCCUUUAUUGCUCGAUAUCGCAAAGAGCUUAUCAAUAAUCUUGAGGCUGAUGCCUUGCGUGAAGUGCAGCAAACGCUGGAAGAACUAUACUCUGUAGCAAAAAAGGUCCAUGGAUCAAUACAAAAGCUUAAGAAAGAAGGAAAACUGACAGGAAGCCUUUUAACUGCUUUGCUAAACUGCAAAACCUUGGAGGAACUUGAUCAUGUGUAUGCACCGUAUAAAACUGGAAGCAAAGGGACUAAAGCACAGAGAGCCAGACAGCUGGGAUUAGAACCCGCAGCCAAUUUGCUCAUAGAGAACCCAAGAGAACUCAACCUGUUUUCAUAUGUCAAGGCAGAUGUUGAAGGACUUUCCACCAUUGAGGAUGUAAGAUCGGGAGUGCAACACAUCUUGGCUGACAUGAUAGCUAAAGACAGAGAGACGCUAGAUUUCAUCAGAGAUUUGUGCCAAAGAAAAUACAUUUGCAUUCAGUCGUCUUUGGCAAAAGGGACUGCCCAAAAAGCCAAUGAAAAAGAUGUCAACAAAUUUCAUCUCUACCAGAAUUUUUCUUGCAAUAUAAGGAACAUUCAGCAUCACCAGAUUCUAGCCAUUAACCGAGGGGAGAAUCUGAAAAUCCUGACGGUAAAGGUCAAUGUUCCUGAUCAGGUGAAGAAUGAAUUCUCUAGGUGGUGUGUAAAUAAAAGGUGGAGACCAAAAGCCUAUGCAAAGCCAGAGUUAAUGGAGCUCCUGCGUGAUUCAGUGGACGACUCGUAUAAACGCCUGAUUUAUCCACUUCUUUGCAGAGAAUUCAGGUCAAAAUUAACUUCUGAUGCAGAGAAAGAAUCUGUAAUGAUGUUUGGAAGGAACCUUCGCCAGUUACUUCUUACAAGCCCUGUGAGAGGACGAACCUUAAUGGGAGUUGAUCCUGGCUACAAACAUGGCUGCAAACUGGCCAUCGUUUCACCGACCAGUCAGAUCCUCCAUACUGAUAUUGUCUACUUACAUUCGGGUAGAGGAUUCCAUGAAGCUCAGAAGAUAAGAAAACUUCUCUUGGAUUACAAUUGUGGCACGGUUGUGAUUGGGAAUGGAACAGCUUGCAGGGAAACGGAAGCUUACUUUGCUGACUUAAUUAUGAAGAAAUACUUUGCACCAUUGGAUGUCACAUACUGCAUUACCAAUGAGGCGGGUGCAUCUAUCUACAGUGUUAGCCCAGAAGCUUGUAAAGAGAUGCCUGAUUUAGACCCCAACUUACGAAGUGCAGUUUCCAUAGCUCGACGUGUACAGGACCCAUUAGCUGAGCUAGUGAAAAUUGAGCCUAAACACAUUGGAGUUGGAAUGUACCAGCAUGAUGUAUCUCAGACCUUGCUGAAAGCAACCCUGGACAGUGUGGUGGAAGAGUGUGUCAGCUUUGUAGGAGUUGAUAUCAACAUCUGCUCAGAAAUACUAUUAAGACAUAUUGCAGGACUGAAUGCCAACAGGGCUAAAAAUAUAAUUGAAUGGCGAGAGAAGAAUGGGCCAUUUAUCAAUCGGGAGCAGAUCAAAGAUGUCAAAGGAUUGGGUCCAAAAUCCUAUCAGCAAUGUGCUGGCUUUAUCAGGGUUAACCAGGAAUACAUCAGAACAUUUUGCAGUGAGCUUGCAGCUGGGAGUCAGAAAGGAGCCACAAAUGAGAAACAGGGCAAAAAGAAAAAUAAGUCAGCAGCAAAUGUCACUUGGCAGCCAAAUCCGUUGGAUCAGACUUGCAUCCACCCAGAAUCAUAUAAUACGGCAAUGAGGUUUUUAACUCACAUCGGAGGAAAUCCCAGUGAGAUAGGAAAGCCAGAAAUGCGGCAAAAAGUGGAUGCAGUAGUUGAAAGAGAAGGGAUGGAAGGAAUAGCAAAAAGGCUGAACACAAUAGGACAAACACUACAAAUAAUUAUUGAUGGGUUGACGCAGCCUGAAGGCUUUGACAUCCGAAAAGAUUUUGACAAACCUGAUUUCAAGAGGAGCAUUGUUUGCCUUGAAGACUUAAGCAUUGGAACAGUUCUCACAGGAAGAGUUGAGAAUGCUACUCUCUUCGGUGUUUUUGUUGACAUUGGAGUUGGUAGAGCAGGAUUGAUUCCGAUCCGGAGUAUAACUGAAGACAAGCUUUCAAAAGCAAAGAAAAGGAAAAGUCUGGGCCUGGGCCCAGGAGAAAAAGUAGAAGUCAGAGUACAUGAAAUUAACAUUCCACAAUCCAGGAUAACAUUGGAUCUCAUACGUGUUUUAUGAGUAGUUUGUUGGCAUCUUUUAUCUUAAGGGCUAUCAUUCUACCAUGAAGAGCAGAAUGCAGUGUGAAAAUGAAGACCCAUUUCAGAUUCUUGGCAGUUCCUACAUUUGUUGAAAUUUGUUAAAUUACCUAAAACCUCAGUAUCAAGCCAAAAACCAUACCAAAAUCAGUAACCCUAGGAGUUCAAAAUCUUCAAAUUCCAUUUCAAACUUUGUUGUAUUUACCAGAAAUUCUUGAUUUUUACAGAUUUCUUCUCCUUAUGUCCAGGUGUUGAUUUAGUUUCUUUUCCAUGCUUGUAUUUAUGCUGUUUAAUUUUGAUCAGCAUAAUUAUGCUGGCAUACGUGGCCACAAGGGUUUAGGUGGCGGCACAGAGGCAGGGUAAAAUGGUUGUAGACACCACAACGAAAGGAACAACAGCAUAGGAAGUUGUCUCUGUCGAGAGAGAAAGCUGCCCUACUAGCUUUCCAAAUACUUAGGGCCCAGCCAGGCAACUUUCUCUACUGAUAGAACCAAAUUUCUUUUCCACGGUCUUACUCCACUGCACUCUGCUCCAAAAGGGGUCUUUUGCCAGCAUUACAAAGUUAGCAUAAGCCAGCAAGAGGAUUCCAGCCUUAAGAUAUUACUAAAUAAAAUGUUGACAAUAUAAUGCUGGAAAAUUAUAGAUAUGAAGAUGGAGGAAGUGUACAGAGCUCCAGAAAGGGUUACACCAGACAUUCCUAAAGCCUUAUGUCCUUGGCCAUUUCUCCUCAUGGGCCUCCCCUAUUUUCUUACUCAUCACCCAUGAGUAAGAAAUCUAUGAAGAGAGCUUUGGAGUUUUCACUGUGAGCAAUUUAUCUUGAUCAUAACACUUCAGACUUAGAGGUGAAGACUCACAUAUCUGAAUUCUCUUCUAUAUAAAACAGAAUAAUGUAUUGUUAACCCUCGAGAAGUCAAUUAAUUAUUGUUCCCAUCAUGCCUCACCCAUCGGCCAGGCCUAGUGCGAACUGGAAUUUAAAAUCCAGAGGUUCCAAAUUCCUGAUCGGUUCACAAACCUGAUGUAAAGUGUCCCCUGAAUAUACAAAAUUGGAUGACAGGGAGAAAGAUUCCAGCCACCUAGCUUUCACCAUGACCAGCUAGUUUUCUUUGAGGAGGGAUUGUUUUGCUUUUUUAAGGAACACUCAACAAUAUUCAUAUAAUGUAAAAUGAUAUAGUCCAAGCCUAGGUUUAUUAUCUCAUUAACUAUUAGAUAUGUCACAGUGACGAUGGGAGUUUUGCAUUUGUUCUGUGCAGAAUGUUAGCUUAUUUGCUUACAGCUAAUCUCUUACCAGUUUGGUUGUGGAUAAAAUUUUUAGCUCCACCUAGAAAGGAAUGGGUCUGUUUUGUGAUGGUACUUUAAAUGUGUUAGCUGUUCUUUAGUUUAAUUAACUUGUUUUUCUGAUUUGUAAUUUUAAAAAAUUAAACUAAACUUAAGAUUGACUGUGUGCAGGGUUAACAAGAGGAAUGAUAUCGUUCCAAACUAAAAGAAAAUAUGAAUAACCCCCCAAUUUUUAAUAUACGGUAUGUAUUUUUGAGCAAGAAAUGUAACUGUUAAUUUUUUUCCUGGUUACUAUUUUGUUACAGAACAAGGGUGUGUUCUCAUAAAAGAGAAACAUGUGGUUGAGCGGUUUCUUAAAAUAAUACCUUUUAACAAAAAAGAAAAAAAAUCAGACUUUUUCUU